GAGGAGGAGGAGGAGGCGAAGGCCGGUGCGGGGGAUUUAAGGGCUCGCUGCGCCCCCGGCCCGGCUCCUCCCGCCGCCCCGCAGGAACGUGGUGCCGGCACCCGAGUUUGUGCGGCGCGGAGAAGGACUUUUCCCUCUGUCCUUGCUCGGCUGAGCCCGGGGGCAAAGGUCUGGGUGGGGAAACUGAGGCACGGGCUGCGUGCAGCUCUCUCUGCUCUGCAGCCCCGCUCAGCACCGCAGGAUGAAGCUUCUCCUCCUCCUCCUCCUCCUCACCCAGCUCUGCUCGGCAUCGCUGGUCCCCGAGAUUGAGAAGGACCCCGAGUACUGGCGGGAGCAGGCACAGGAGACCCUGCAACAGGCGCUGCGGCUCCAGCGCCUCAACCAGAACGUGGCCAAGAACCUCAUCCUCUUCCUGGGUGAUGGAAUGGGGGUCUCCACCGUCACGGCCGCCCGCAUCCUCAAGGGGCAGCUGCAGCAUCGCAAGGGCGAGGAGAGCCUGCUGGAGAUGGACAAGUUCCCAUACGUGGCCUUGGCCAAAACCUACAACACCAACGCUCAGGUACCCGACAGCGCGGGCACAGCCACCGCCUACCUCUGCGGUGUCAAAGCCAACGAGGGCACAGUGGGUGUCAGCGCCGGUGUCACCCGCGACCGCUGCAACACCACCAAGGGCCAGGAGGUGACCUCCAUCCUCCGCUGGGCCAAGGAUGCAGGCAAGGCCGUGGGCAUCGUCACCACCACGCGGGUGACCCACGCGACGCCCAGCGCUGCCUAUGCCCACUCUGCCAACCGCGACUGGUACUCGGAUGGGGAGAUGCCCCCGGACGCGCUGGAGGGCGGCUGCAGGGACAUCGCCCGGCAGCUGGUGGAGAACAUCCCCGACAUCGAGGUGAUCCUGGGCGGGGGGAGGAAGUACAUGUUCCCUAAAAAUGCCAGCGAUGUGGAAUAUCCCCAUGAGGACAAGCACCGGGGCACCCGCCUGGACCGCAGGGACCUCGUCCAGGCGUGGUAUGAGGCCAAGCCCCCUGGCAAGGUUGCCAAGUAUGUGUGGCACCGGAGGGACCUGCUGGCGCUCAACCUCAGCCGCGUCGACUUCCUCCUGGGCCUCUUUGAGCCGGGUGACAUGGUGUACGAGCUGGACAGGAACAAUGAGACGGAUCCGUCCCUCACCGAGAUGGUGGCUGUAGCCAUCAGGAUGCUCCAGAAAAACCCCCGGGGGUUCUUCCUCCUGGUUGAAGGAGGCCGCAUCGACCACGGGCACCACGAGGGGAAGGCAAAGCAGGCGCUGCACGAGGCGGUGGAGCUGGACCGGGCCAUCGGGCUGGCCACUCGCCUCACGUCGGUGCAGGACACGCUCAGCGUGGUCACCGCCGACCACUCGCACGUCUUCACCUUCGGCGGCUACACCCCGCGAGGGAACCCCAUCUUCGGUCUGGCUCCGAUGCAGAGCGACGUGGACCGCAAACCGUUCACCUCCAUCCUCUACGGCAACGGCCCCGGCUAUAAGAUAGUGGCAGGGGAGCGCGAAAACGUCUCCGCUGUGGAUUUCGCGCACGCUGACUACCAGGCGCAAUCAGCCGUGCCCCUGCGCCAGGAGACCCACGGCGGGGAGGACGUGGCCGUCUUCGCCCGCGGCCCCAUGGCCCAUCUCCUGCACGGCGUCCACGAGCAGAACUACAUCCCCCACGCCAUGGCUUACGCCGCCUGCAUCGGCUCCAACCGAGCCCACUGCAACGCUGCCGUCCGCCCCGGUGCCUCCGUGCUGCUGCCCUUCCUCGCUCUUCUCUUCCUCCUCUGCUAAAGUGCCUCUUGCAAAGCACCGAAGGGGUGUGUGUGCGAGGGGGGAUUUAUUUUUAAUUCCUGCCUCCCUCCUCCCUUCUCUUUGGGUUUUUGUGGAUGGCAGCGCCCGGGAAAGAGGAGAGCAAAAAAGAAAGACUCAGCGGAGCAAAAAAGCAGCCGCCGGCGGUUUCGUGCUGGGAGCUGCCUCUGUAAAUACACGGUUCCUGCCCCUGUAA